GUCAGCCAUGUGAGUGUGUACUUCUGUCACCAGCGUUGCCAUUGGCUGACCAGUCAUAAGCAUGGCCAUAUUGUCUGCCCUGAUUCUGAUGACUAUACCUAUUCCUGAUAUGCUGAUAAUGACAUUAGGCCCUAACCAUGUAUAUCAAUCAUUCCAGCCUUGUCAAGCUAUACAUACCCUCUGUGUGAAGCCCCUGUCUGCAGAUCUGCCUUAGGAGCAGACGGACAAUUUAAACACCUGUGCAACAGAAGAUCAAGGCUAUAACUGGCUCAGCUAUUGGAAGAAACUUGUUAAUGGAGACCGCUUAGAGAAAUUUGUGCCUUUGGAAUUGUCAGACAUUCAUUCACUUAAACUUUCCAUUCAACUUUUUUUAGUUUUCACAAAAAUCCUAAAGGUACUAUUGUCGUCUGAUUUUGACUGUUGAAAAGGUCGAAGAUGUGUUUGUGGUAAUUGUGCCUUUGUAGCUUUUUUGUGGACAUCAUUACAAGGGGACAACAUUGGAAAGAUUUGUCAACUGGAACAAAUGGAGAAGUGUUUGUCUGCUAUUUUCUGGCAGAUCUGAAGACUAUCUUAUACAGUGAGGAGCUUAAGUCAUCCCAUCAUGCUUUGUGGUUGACAAAUAACUCUUCAGUUCCGAAGAUUUUGAAACUCCUGUCAGUUUCCUUUGACAGUUGAGCCUUCAUACAAUACCACUUUAAUGAGGAAAAACUUCAUUUUUGUCAAUUUUGAGUUUCUAAAAGCCUCAAAUUGGUGACAGUCAUAUUUUCAGGAAGAUAUUAUUGCCAAGACUUUGACAAUAGUGUUGUCGAGAGACAGUGAGCAAUUAUUGAUCAGAAAGCAUCGUGUCUACCUUCACAGUUCUGGACAAUCCGCCUCCCUUGUCAGCUGAGGUAUUUAUAAACAAACAUUGCAUAGGUUUGUGUUAAUGGGACGGCUGCUAAUAUACCUAACAAGCUCUCACAUAUACGUCGUUACAGAGCCUGGACGUGCUCUUGCCUUUCAGCUCUACAGUUUGAAAAAUUCCAGUGUCUGACACCAGUGCAAAUGCAAACAAUGAUAGCAUCAGUGCUCGUACAAGAAAUGAGUGUGCAUCACAACGACCAACUCAACGAUGACAGCCGCCCUCUCUCACAGGUAUGCUGCGAAGCGAUAUCGACAGCAGGCGUAAUGAACGUGAAAUAACUGCCGAGGAAAUCACUCUUGGCAAGUCAGGCUCAUACACAGUACAGAAAUUACCUUGCUAUCAACACCUGUGUGAGCUGGGAAAGUGCCUUUCGUGCACGCUCGACCAUAUGUGAUUCAGUGGUGGCCAAAGAGGAUGUGAUCAACCUGCAACAAAAGAAUUUCUUUCACCAUAUUGAGAAUUAAUUGACAGAGUGUGUGGUAAACUGCUUCACCUUGUUGAGACGUUCCUUGCAGCUGGGAUACAAUGUAAUCAUUUCUGUGGAUCCUCAAAAGUAGGAGAAGGGAAAUCGUGACUUGAUUAACAUACUUUUUCGAUACUUAAGCAUUUUGAACUCUGUCAAGCAGAGAAAUUUAGCCUUUUUUUAUUUCUUGUUUGUACUUUUUGUUGCGAUUAUCAUGCUUGGAAUGCUUCACAGUGGAAUCGAAGAAAGAAACGAUGCCGUAUACAAGUUGUUGAAGUUUGGUUAUCAGUUUCUUUAAGCUGAUCAUUUGGUUCUUUUGGCAAGUUGUGAUAAACAAUUUCAACAUGUCUCUCGCUCUUUAUGAAAACUCUUCCCUGAACUCGUCCCUCCAUCACAAUUACACUAACGAUUCCGGUCUGGCUGGACCCUCUGCUACAGCCUUGCAGGUCGGUGCCAUUGUCAUGUUGAUGUCACUGAUGUGGGGCGUCUUUGCCAACGUUCUUACGAUGAUUGUGAUUCUUACUGAGCGGGAACUGAAAAACAUCACAAACAUUUUCAUCGUGAGCCUUUGUAUCAACGAUAUACUUAACCUGGGCAUCAAUAACCUGCUAGUGUUGGUAUCUUACUUCAUGAUGACCUGGGCGACGGGGUCCAUUGUUUGCGAAAUGGUGACACAUUUCACGGUCCUCCUCAUGGGUUCAUCACUAUGGCACACUGGUCUCAUAGCCAUUCACCGACUCAUCGUCGUCGUUUUCAACACCUUCUACAAGAAAAUCUCCAAAAAGGCAUACACAAUAUUCGUCUUGGUUGCUGCAAGAGUAGUCCCACUUUUGUUUCUCAUCCAACCACACCUUGGCUACAUGUCUCAGUAUCAGCCGAAACUUCUUCGCUGCAUUGUGAAAAAAGGUUUUGGACUCUAUACGAUGUUGGUAUCUGUUGUUUUAAUGAUGUUGCCAUCACUUGUUCUCAUCGUGUGCUAUAUUGCCAUAUUUGUCAAAGUGCAUCAGUCGUCAAGCGCAUUCCGAGCAAGUCGGAAACGAGAAUGGCUGCGUCGUGAGAUACAAAUCACCAAAAUGUUCGGGCUUGUAUUUCUUCUGAUUAUUAUUGGUUAUUUGCCUUAUGGUAUAGUCCGUAGCAUUGAUAAAGGACUUAAAUUUAGUGCUGACUUCUAUGUUGCGAUUACGGUACUGUACGCAGUUGCCAAUUCCUGUAACCCAAUCAUAUAUGGCGUUAUGGACCGAAAAAUCCGAAGGGCUUGUUUCCGAGCCCUUGGUUUGGAAGAGAGGUGUAUGACGGAAGAACGAUCGAAAUUGCGAAAAGCUUCCAUAAAGUCCAACGGUGAAACGAACGCUGUGAGCGAUGUGAACACUGAAGCUGUUCCGUUAAACUCCCAAGUUCCCCUGAAGUGAACAGUGUGAACAUUGUUCCAACAAUUUUGAACUGUAUGAACAAUAGUGAACUUUAUGAACAGUUGUAAAAAUGGAAAGGUUUAGUUACUGAACUUUAGGCUAUAUAUAUGUUGGUAAAUGAUGUAAAUAUUGUAUAUACUGGUACAAAAACACUGGAUAUUGUUCAAAGUUCGGUGCCACGGGAACCAUGUACAAGACAUGUUAUUUUUGUUCACACAAUUAUUUUUUGCAUAGUGCUCUUGCCUGCUUAUGUGCUGAGAUCUUGUUCAUAACACAAGAAUGCGAAUGACAUGUUCAGAACAGAAAUUGUAAGUAUGAUUUGUAUAAUUGUUUAGGCUGUGAAAAAAAGCACAACUAUAUAUGUUUUUAACACCAGUUGGUAAAAAAACAAACAUAUGUACAUAUAUAUGUAUGUAGUGAAAAUUGUAUAUUUAAGAUUAUGUAUAUAUCAUUUCAUGUAAAUGUCACAAUAUAUAUGGUAAUAUUAGAGUUUGCUCUAAGAAAUUAAUUUAUAUACUUUAAUUUUAUGUGAAGCAAAAUGUAUAAAAUAUUAUUUCAAUCAUGAGUGAAGAAAUCGUAGAGAAAUUAGACCAUCAGUGAUUCUUUCAAGUAAAUAUUGUAGUAAUAAUGAGUUACAUCAUUUGUUUUGAACAUUAAAUAAGUGUUAAUGAUUACAUAACAGCAGACUUGAACAAUUAUUUUCUUUUUCUUUUUGUUAUGUGAAAUUGUAUUGCAUAUUUUUCCUGUAAUUCCUUUCACCAAUUUUAUGUUUUUCCACAAAAUGUUCAUCAGCUAAGAAUGAAUUUCCAUUUUUGUAUAUUGUUUAUGAGAAAUAUUGGUAAUGUAUAGCAUGGAAAGAAUAUUGUUUGUACAUAUGGUUAAAGAAGAUAUUGUUGCCAUUUCUGUGUACACUUGAGCACCAUGUGAUCUGAGCAAUGUUUCUGUUACGACGAGUUUCACAGGUUUGAGAGACGUAGUUCAUCUUUUUAUUCUCCCAUCAAGAGACCCCUUUUCCUGCAUUCAUAGUUCCACAUGCUCUUGAGAGCUGUACUUGUUAGCUGGUAUGUUGAAAUUACAAAAAAAGUACAAUUAUCUGCCAGAACUGUAAAUGCAUGAACUUCAGAAUAAAAAGAUGACCUACAUGCUCCUUGUGAAGUUUUCUGAUGUUAGAUUUAGAAGUAUGUCACAUGUAGUCAGUAUCUGUUAUCAUUGCUGUUUGUGAAUGACUACCAAACUUGGUACUGCAGUAGUUUUGUGAUAUUGAUCACUAUGACUGAAAAUACAUUUGAAAGACUCCAUUCACAUUGACCAAAUGCAUUUUUAUGAUACUGCUAAUUAAAAGUACUCUUCAACAUCGGAUAAUAUGUAUGCCACUAAUUAUGUUCUUUUUAUGAAAAAAAAAGAUGAAAUUGUAGAGUAUGGGUAAAUGGCCUGGUUUGAAUUGAUAGCAUUAAGUCUGAUCAUAGUGUCUUCUGUAUUAAAUAGCUAAAUACUUAUCUUCAUAUCUGACGUCCAAUUUAGUCAUUUUUUAAAAUCUUUUAAAAGUUAAAAUCUUUAUCAAAUACUACUGAAACUUUCAUGUGUACAUCUUACACUCUUUUGAAAAGUAAGUUGGUCCGCAAGACCCUGCUGCAUCAAACAGGUUGUAUAGGUUUCCUUCAGCUGAGACGUAUUUCCAACCUGCAUCACAUUGGGCUUUCCUUCCAUGUUAAAGUGACAUGCUGGAUGUACUGGAUGAGUUAUUGAAACUUUUCAAGAGUUUCAGGGAAAAUGUUGAUAUCACUUAGCACUAUUGAUAUUUACACCUGAAGUUAUACAAGCUCUGUAAUAUCAACGACAAACCUGUGGCGUGUUUUAAUAAACGUGUUUAAAAAGUUCAAAAACAUAUCAAUUUUUCUUCAGUUAUAUGCCUUUUAUCCAACUGACUGCAGAGUCAAAUUGGUGUCACUGUGCUGACAAAUAGAAAGUUUCUCUCUUCAUCAGAUAAAUCUGUGUCUAUUAUAAAUCACAUACUUUUCUUUGUCAAUGUAUCCUAGCAAUAAAGUAACAUUUUAAAUGGUAAUCAUUUAGUAUACCAGUCUCUUAGGUAAAGCAUCCCGGCCAUCAACAUGUCAGUUUCACCAUCAGCCUGUCAUCAAAGAAAUAAAACAGUGUAGAUCUAAGUAGAUAGUGGUGUAUGUUUCAUCCAUGUACUGUGGUCCAUUUCAGCAUAAGUGUCAGUAUCUCGAAGAUCAAAGUGAGCGGCUAGAUGGGUUUUAAGAUACUGCUAAUGUUAGAUCAGUAAGUGAUCUAUACGUGUUAUCUAUGUGAGCUUAUCUCGUAAGGAAGUUGUUUCUCCUGUGUUGCGAUAUUGUUGCCUGAUGUGUUGAAUACAGGAGUACAGAAUAAAGUGCCUGUGUUUA